AUGGACUUGUGCGCGGGUGGGGAUCUGCUACGCCUCGUAGAGUUGGCGGACCACUUGGCGGAAGCUUGUGCGCGCGCGAUGUUCGCGGAGAUUGUGCGGGCAGUGGCGGAGUGCCAUGCGCGGGGAGUACUGCAUCGGGAUUUGAAGCCAGAGAACGUGCUUCUAUUGAGGCCAGUGCCCGACAACUCUUCCUUGAUCGAACUCAUUCAGGGCACUGUGAUAGAAGACACGGUUCUUGGCGGAAACAACGGCGACAGCACAGAACGCAAGGCGAAGGGACAGGAGUCAUGUAACCCACGUUCGAGCGACUCGUCGCUGGUCAAGCUCACGGACUUUGGAUUAUCAGUUAUCGAAGCAGCAGACCGUCGCGGCGCUAAAGAAGUCGCGGGAAGCGCAUAUUACCUUGCUCCAGAGGUAUUCUCCGGGCGCUAUUCGUUUCCCGCUGACGUGUGGAGCUUGGGAGUGGUGCUCUUCGUGUUGCUCUCCGGUUGCGUUCCUUUCGGUGGCGAAGACGACGACGAAAUCGGCGAAGCUAUUCGCGAAGGCAGCUUUGCUUUUGACGAAGAGAGCGGUUCAGCUUGGAAGGAGGUCUCGCUGCAAACCCUUCUCCCCCCCUCUCCGUUCGCCCUCCCUGGGGAGGAAGUGCCGAAUGCGCACUUCCACAAGGAUUGGCAGUCGUACGUGAAGACAUGGUUCAACCAACCCGCCCGCAAGAAGCGCAGACGGAUCGCGAGGCAGAAGAAGGCCGUGAGCAUCUUCCCGCGCCCUACAGCGGGCCCCCUGCGGCCGGAGGUGCACGCGCCUAGCAUCCGCUACAACUCCAAGAUCCGCGAGGGCCGCGGCUUCACCCCCGCCGAGCUCAGGGAGGCGGGCAUCCCCAUUAGGGUUGCGCGCACCAUCGGUAUCUCCGUGGACUCGCGCCGCCGCAACCGCAGCCUGGAGAGCCUGCAGGCGAACGCCGCGCGUCUCAAGGCGUACAAGGCCAAGCUCGUCGUGUUCCCGCGCCGCUCCAAGAAGCCCAAGGCUGGCGACGCCUCGGCGGAGGAGCUGGCAGCCGCCGUGCAGCACGUGGGCGCCGUCCUGCCCAUCGUCAGGCCCGCCAAGGACGUGCCUCUUGAGGCCGUUACAGAGGAGCUUCGCUCAGUCAAGGCCUACGAGACUCUCCGCCAGGAGAGAACCAAGGCUCGGCUCGAAGGCAUCCGCAAGAAGCGCGCUGCGGACAAGGAGAAGGAGGAGAAGAAGUAA